AUGAAGCCUUAUUCAUGUUUGCAGUGUGGGAAAUGUUUUUCCCAAAGAGGCUAUCUUCUCUCCCAUCAGAUCAGUCAUACUGGAGAGAAGCCAUUUUCUUGUACGGAAUGCGGAAAAUGUUUUACCUUCAGAUCCAGCCUUUUUGUACAUCAGAGAACUCACAAAGGAGUGAAACCUUAUUCCUGUUCGGAGUGUGGGAAAUGUUUCACUCGGAGAUCUGGUCUCGUCGAGCAUCAGAGAAUUCACAGCGGCGAGAAGCCAUAUUCAUGCUCUGAGUGUGGGAAAUGUUUUUCUCAGAAGUCGCGUUUGAUCUCCCACCAGGCCACGCAUACAGGGGAGAAGCCGUAUUCAUGUUCUGAAUGCGGAAAAUGUUUUUCUUUCAAGCAUUUACUACUUCUUCACCAGAGAGCCCAUGCGGGAGAGAAGCCAUUCUCCUGUUCGGAGUGUGGAAAAUCUUUUUCCCAGAAAGGCGAUCUUACCUACCAUCAAAUGAUUCAUACUGGGGAGAAGCCGUAUUCAUGUUCAGAAUGUGGCGAAAGUUUCUUUUUAAAUUCAUCUCUUACUAGGCACGAAAGAAUUCAUACCGGGGUGAAGCCACACGCAUGUUCAGAGUGUGGGAAAUGUUUCACUGAGCGAUCAAGUCUUAUUGUUCAUCAGCGAACUCACACAGAUGUGAAGCCGUAUUCGUGCUCUGAUUGUGGGAAACGCUUCACUCGGAAAACAGGCCUGAUCGAACACCAGAGAACUCACAGCGGGGAGAAGCCAUAUUCCUGUUCCGAAUGCGGCAAAUGCUUUGCUACCAGAUCGUAUCUGACCAAACACGAGAAAGCUCACUCGGGGGUGAAGCCAUAUUCCUGCUCAGGGUGCGGGAAAAGCUUUCACUUUAAAGCGGAUCUGAACAAACAUGAAAAGAUUCACACAGGGGAUCUUAAAAAACCCCAAAAAGUUCACAGAGGGGAAGUUGCACAUCUGAAACCUUGCUGCGUCUCGGAUAGUUCACACAGGUGUGUUCCUGACCUGGUGAUCUAA